AUGGGCCCUAAUCCAUUAUACCUUCGUUCAAUCGACGGAAAGCCGGGUAUUUUGAUUGAUUUCAUCAUUGUCGGCGGAGGAAUCACAGGUUUGGCAUGUGCUCUGGGACUGAGGAGAAUUGGCCAUCGUGCCAUCGUGCUUGAGAAAAUGGUCAUUCUGCUGUACGCUGAUUCAUCCAACACUUGUUUAUGCUCGCAGUUGGGGAAUGGAGGUAGCAGGUUACCUCCCAACGCUUCCAAGAUUUUGUUUCAGUGGGGUCUCGAGGCUGCCUUACGGGAGUUUGCAGUGUCAUCUUCAGGGGUGGAAGUCAUGAGAUAUGAGACAGGUGACUCACUGGGCACUCAUCCUUGGGAAGAGGAGAUCCUCCGAGAAGCUGGUGGCGAAUACCUGUUUUGCCAUCAUGUGGACUUGUGGCAACUGUUGCUUCGGGCCGCAAAGGAAGCUGGCGUCGACGUCCGACUCGGCGCGAAUGUCACUUCAAUAGACGGAGACGAUUGUAGCGUCAGAUUGUCAGGGGGUGACGUGCUCCGUGCUGAUGUUGUCAUCUCCGCGGUUGGUAUAUCAAGUGACCUGCGGACAGUGGUGCCAGCGAAUGAUCAUUUCCCUUCUGAACAGGGAGGCGUGAACGGGUUUAUGGUUCACAUUUGGGUGUCUGACUACCCACGGUCGACUUCCAAUGAAAGCGAAUGGACUACUCAAGUCAACGAGGCAGACUGGAAAUUCCUGAUAACCACGUUUCGAAUGCACGAGCCUGUGAAAAUUGUACCUCAGUUAGAAAACUGGGUGCAUCCUAGUGGUCGUGUGCCAGUGGUUGGGGAGGCUGCUCAUCCGCUGCCGGUAUACGCAGCGGUGUUCGCCAAGUUAUUCUCGCAUCUCACGUCCGAAGACCAAAUACCUAUGUUCCUACAUGCUUUCCAGGAUCUGCGGGAGGACCGUUGCAAGCGCGAACGGGACAACAUCAUGCGCGAGCGUCAAGCGCUAGGCUUAGGCGUUCUUGGUGCUGGUGGGGGGAAAUUGCCGGAUCAAUGGGAUCAACUAAAGGAGUUAUUCGGGUACAAUGCCGAAGACGAAGCCGAUGAUUGGUGGGUCAAGUGGGGUUUGCUGAGGGAGCGCGCGAAGCAGCGGUCGAUCGAACUGGAGGAACGGAUACAUGUUCACCUUCAAGCAGUCAACAUUAGUAACGAAGAUGACGAUGGCGAGUAA